AUGUACCCCGACGAACAAGCCGCCACACUAGCAGCCGGCAAAGCAAUAACAAAAAAGCACACAACGAAAGACGGCUGGACGAUAAAAACAAAACGCGCCCCCAUCCUGAGCGUCGCGAAGCGGAGCCUCGCGGCCGACAGCCAGGUGGCCUGGAAGCGCGAGCUCGGCCUCGGCCGCGCGACGAACCAGGAGCUGCCGGAGGCGCUCUACGGGCGGAACCUCCUCGCGCUGCGCCACGAAGCGUCGGGCGUGCGCCUCGCGUUCGACGCGCGAAAGCGGCGCUUCUUCAAAAUGGGUCGCGUCGAUGGCGUGUCGCGUCGAUGGCGUAAGCGGGACGACGGCGUGCCGGUGGGGUAG